AUGUUAUCGGCAACUCCAAAACCAUCGAUCACUACAUACCCUUCCCCAACAACACCUACAUCCCCUAUGAACAACCCCGACAUGACAGGAAUAGAAGCGGAUGAUGAAAAUGAUACUUCAGAUGACGAUCAAGGUGUAUUCCUCGGAGCUCAUCAACCAUACGAGCUCAAUUUGAUAUCCAAGCUGUCAUCGACAUCCGGAUCGCCUUCUCCCAUAAUCAGAAGAACGAAAAAGAGAGAUUCAAGAGAGUUCAUGAGACGGCAAACCAUGUUAUUGCCAACACCUAUGACAACCGCGAUGAGAUCAAAAUCCAUAUUGACGGAAAGACAAUCAACACAUACCGAAGAAUCGGACUCUUCUUCAUCCUCAAAUAGGAGACAAUGCUCUUGUUCCACACCUGCCAAAUCACAGGACAACUCCGAUCUAACACUUGACUUUGCCGGAUUUCACCUUUCCUCCCCUCAAACAACUUCUCGUAUCUCGCCACCCUGUCCAUCUGAAGCGGGAAGUGAUAAGGAAAAUGUUCCAAUCGCUCAUCAGCAGAUCAAAGCAUGUGCGCUUGAUACAGAUGACAUGUUUGUGAUGAGCCGAAUUGUGAUCUCAGAGGAAUCAGAAGAAGAGAUAAAUCAAAUUGAUAUGGGAGGACUAAGAUUAUCUGACUUCUCUGAUCCUGAGACUGGGCUGGACAGUAACGAAAUAGUACAUCUAAGAGAAUCAGAUACGGACGGCACAGAAGAGACCGAACGAGCGGAAAGUCCUAACCUGGACCUUUUACCCGAUGCAGAUAUCUCUUCAAGUUUGGACUCACCGCUACCCGUCUCUCGAGCUGGACCUGUUGUUAUUCCGACGUUAUCCUCACACCACUUCAGCUCUAUUCGUGCUGAGAGUGGUUCACCAUGCAGGCCUCUACCACCUUCACCAAUCGUACCGAUUUUUGAACCAAUCUCAGUAGAGGUAGCAACGGAGCGUAUGAUCAGUCCAACGAAGUCAGAUGUUUUCGUCGAAAAAGGCCUGUCAAUUCCACCUACAACGACUCCUUCUCGAUCCACCCCCAUGCCUCCCCCUGAGCUCGUCGAAAGAGGAGCGAAGCUGCUCAAAGCCUCUACAUCUAAGCCAACCAUCAACACGCACGAUCCAAAGAAAUCAGCGUCUCGAGUUUUGGCUAUCCGAAGUCAGCUUGACACCGCUGUAUCAAGCAGGAUGGGCGCGAUGGGUCCACCUCAACGAUCAGUAUCUUCAUCUUCUACCGCUAGCUCGUCUUCGACCGGGUCAAGGCUGAAUCUGAACAAACCCUCAUCAAGCGCACGCCUCCCCUUUGUGCCCGCUCCUAAGGUCUCGAGAGCAGCAACUGCACCUAGACCGCCAUCGAAUCAUGUUGUCUCCACGAAACCUCCGGUACCGAUAUACAGAAAACCAGUCGCCCAACUCGCGUCUUCCACGACACGAACUCUUCCGCGUCCUGCUCUUGCUGUGAAGAAGACAGUUCCCGCACCAAGACCUGCAAUUUCCAUGAAAUCUUCCAUUCCCUCCUCGAUACCCCUCAAAAGACCAGCGCCAUCGGUGUCUGCUCCCCCUAAAACUGUCAGUGCUCCUACUAAAUCAAUUGCUGCCCUCGCUCCACCAACGCGAUUUCCUUCUGUUGUUUCUACAAGACCUUCUCUUGGUCAGCCAUCUCGAGUUUUCCAAAACCAGACAGCUCCUCUCCAGAUGGUGCCUGUGUUCUCAGUUGGAGUGAUAGGCGAGAACCAGACAGCUAGUAGGACUGGCUUUAGGUCACCAGCGAAAUCUGGCUUGAUAAAGAGAAGUUUCAUGGAAAAAGGUACCCCAAGAAAGCUCGGUACACCAAUGCGGUUCGGAACUCCAAGACAAAUAAACACCACUAUGGCUGAACCUUCGACAUUUUCCUCUGCGCCUAUUUAUGAUAUCUCAGCAGUACUUGAACCUCUGACCAGCGGACCUCCAGCUACGGCUACGCGACAAUCAACCGAGAACAUACCGACUUUGGUCUCAUCGAGUGAGCCUACUAGAGGAUCAAGCGAAGAUCAUGAAGAGGUUUCUGUCCAAUUAGCUAAACCGCCUGCAUCGCCUACACCUACAUCUCCGUCGCCGAAGAAGAAAAGGUCAGUUGGUCGACCCAAGAAAUUGGCCAAACCUCAAGUCACAACCAUUGUUGUUUCCAAGACUAAACCGUCAAAUACGAUCGUACCCAAUAUGUCAGAGAAAGAAUUAAAAUCGACAACGCAUAGGAAUACGAUUCGAAAUCAAGUGUAUCACUGUGCCAUCGAUAGACAAAUUGUGCAUCAAAGCGGACCCCGCCCACCAAGUCCUACUUCCAAAAUUCGAACUACAGCCGAAAGGAACGAAGAGGAAAAGAAAUUAGCUAGAGAGGAACGAGCUAAAAGACGCAAAGGUCAACCUGACGAAGAGGAUAUAGUUCAACCUGUCAUCGAAAAAUUGAUUCAACAGAGAUUCCAAGGAGACGAAAGUGAUUUCGAAACUCCAGUCAGACCGGUCAAGAAGGUCAAAACUGAAAAGGAAAUCAAAUUUGUUAAAUGGGACAAAGGUCUGACGGUUAUUCGAGAUGAUGGAACAAUCAGACCUCCAUCUCGCGAAGAUAACAACGAUGAACCACCCCAAAAGGGUUGUUUAAGAGCCAAGGUAUCCCUUGACCAGCACGGCAAUCUGCAUGAAGCUCAUCGACCCAUUGAGAAUCUGAAGAGAACAAGAGUAGUUGUAACAGCCGUUUUCUAUGAAGGAGAAGAACCAGUUCCUGUGGUUUCCCCAGCUUCAUCCACGAGAUCGAAGAAAAAAUGA